AUUUAUAUUGUAAGAAUGUACUCCAUAAACCGCUACUUUAAAACACCCCUGCAGCGAAGUGCUCAACUUAUUCUGCAUGGAAAUCAACGUGUUUUGACCACUCCUUUGAUACAACAGACAAUUCACUACUCAAAAUUUAAAGACAAUGAUGACGAAGGAAAAUUCACUAAAAUAUCAGGCAGUGGUAAUAAGAAAAAAUUCGAUGAAAUAGACAAUUUGCGUGAUGAAGACGGCCACGGUGGAAGUGAUGGCAAAAGAGGACGUGAUAAGAAGGAAAUGAAGAAACUCAAAGGUCCCGCUGGUCCGCCCAAAAUUGAGCUGCGUAUCAUGCCCGCCCUCUAUUCAAAUAUGGGUUAUGAUGAGAGGAACAUGAAACUGGGCCGUGAGCUGUCACCACAUCUGAGAAUUUAUAAGAAACAGCUGACUUCAGUGAUGUCGAUAUUUCUGAGAAUGAGUGGAUUCGUAUUGGCGUUAGGCAUUUGGAUAAUUGGAGUGUCAGGCUUAUGCUGCGAUAUCAGUGUCGAUGCCUUGGCAGAGAAGAUCGAAAAAUGUGAAUUCAGCAGGACAUUAUUUAAUAUUCUUAAGUUCUUUGUAGUUCUUCCAUUUGCCUAUCAUAUGGUGGCUGGAACUCGCCAUUUGAUCUGGUAUUUAAAUGUUUUUCUCAGCAAGCCACAGAUUUAUGCUACCGGCUAUGUGGCUAUUGCCUUGACCUUUUUAUUAGCUGGCGGUUUGACAAUCAUUAGACCUGCAGAAAACGAUGAGAAGCGGCCUUCCAAAGUUGAUUAUAACGCACAAAUUGAAACGAAUAUCGAAAAUCUGGUGAAUGAAAAAGUUGAGCAGAAUGAUGACGAAGACAUUCUUGACGAUGAAGAGUAUCUAGAAACGAAUAUUGAACAUUAACAAACAUUCCAUAUUGGGUGGAAAAUUCUGGUAAUGAGUGAAAAUUCAUGAAUCCAAUAAAGUUGUAAUUAUAUAACAAAAA